GUCGCUCCCGGCGCAAUGCCGGCGCUGGCGUCACUGUGUCGCACCGCCCGCCCCACGUUGCGCCGCCUGGGCCUGGGCCUGGGUCCGGCCGCCUUCCCGCGGCAGCAGCUACAGCAGCAGCGCAGGGACAUGGCGGCUCUCGCCGGCGUGGCCGAUGUGGAGAUCGACUCCGACGGGGUGUUCAAGUAUAUCCUGGUGAAGCUGAGCCGCAGGGAUGGGCCGGAGCACAAGGACAUCGUGCGGGGCACUAAAAGCGCCGAGUAUCACAAUCACAUCUUUGAAAAGCUGACUUCUGAAAUGGAGAAACUGGAGCUGGAUUGCAAGUGCCUGGGUGGAGGAAAGAUUGAUCACAACAGCAAGCAGAAGAAAAUCCGAGUGUUUGGACUUUCCACGGGUUUUGGGAAAGCAGAUCACUCCAUUUCUGUGGAAAAGUUGAAGACUGUGUACAAGGACUAUGAAAUUACCUGGUCAGACGAAACCAAAUAAAAACAACAAUUCUCUGGACUAUUCUCCAUCAAAAAGAUCAUUGUAAAACCUUGUUCAAGUCGUAAGUGUUUCUGGAUGAGUUCAAUUUAUUGGUACAAUUUAGUUGAUCUGUGAAGAUGCUCAGGGACUUUGCACAGUUUGAUGGUAUUAAAAGGUGACAAUACAGAAUGUAGUUUGAAAUUCUCUGUUCAAUAAAUAGUACAUUGUGA